AUGCCACCCAAAAAAGGCGACCAUAUCAGCCCCCUCGCCCGGAUCCGCAAAGAGUCCAACCCGCCCUGGCCGCCCGCCUCCAAGAAGCUCAUCUCGAUGGCGCACGCCUUCUCGCGCCUCUGGUGGGAGCUCUGGGAGUACCAUGACGAAGCGCGGUGGAUCCUCGAGGGCGAGGUCGAGGCCGUCUGCGACGAGAUCGAGCAGCUGCGCGCCAUCGUCCUCGUGGAGGACGAGAGCCUGGACCCCGUGGAGCGCAGCCCCGAGAUGAAGAGGGCCCAGGAGCACCUGGUGCUCGACUACCAGGAGGCCAUGGUGAUGCAGAAGAAGAUGCGCGCCUGGACGGCGAAUUGUAGGACGUAUCUGAGGAGGCUGGUGAAGGAGCGGAGGGCCUUGGUUGCGCAGAUUGUUAGUGAGGGUAAUGGGUUGGGGAGCAUUGGGAUGGACCGGUGGAGGUAUUGGUUUAUGGGGUCUUUUGAUAAGCUUGGGAGAGAGGAGGUCGUGUUCCAUUUGCCGCUUGAGGACUUUAUCAGGUGCAAAGGUUCGGCCAAGGAGCACGCCAGGAUUAGGCUGGAGGAGUAUGGUGAAGGCUAUGAAAGUGAUGACAGCAAAGACGAAUUGGAGAAUGAUGCGGUAUAUUUAGACCAGGGAUUGGUGCCAAUAGCUGUUCAUGUGGACGAAAUACAUUUCGAUAGAGGGAGGGAGAUCUAUCAUCUUGUCCUUGAGGGGAAUUAA